AUGGCUUGGACAAGAGUUCAUGAGAAGAGGAGGACCCGUUCCUUAUGUAAACACCCGGUGAAUGCUUGUCCUGACACACUGCCCCCAUCACACUGCCCCAUCACACCCAUACUGUCCCCAUCACACUGCCCCUAUCACACUGCCCCCAUCACACUGCCCCCAUCACACUGCCCCUAUCACACUGCCCCCAUCACACUGCCCCCAUCAUACUGUCCCCAUCCACUGCCCCCAUCACACUGCCCCAUCACACUGCCCCUACAUGCCCCAUCACACUGCCCCAUCACACGCCCCCAUCACACUGCCCCCAUCACCUGCCCCAUCACACUGCCCCUAUCACACUUCCCCCAUCACACUCCCCAUCACACUGCCCCCUAUCACACUGCCCCUAUCACACUGCCCCCAUCACACUGCCCCUAUCACACUGCCCCCAUCACACUGCCCUAUCACCUUAUCACACUUCCUCUAUCACACUGCCCUUUAUCACACUGCCCUUAUCACACUGCCCCCUAUCACACUGCCCCCAUCACAUUGCCCCCUAUCACAUUGCCUUUAUCACACUUCCCAUCACACUGCUCCCCAUCACACUGCUCCCUAUCACACACCCCAUCACAUGCCCCCAUCACACUGCCCCCAUCACACACCGCCCCCAUCACACUGCCCCCAUCACACUGCCCCCAUCACACUGCCCCCAUCACACUGCCCCCAUCACACUGCCCCCAUCACAUUGCCCCAUCACACUUCCCCAUCACAUUGCCUAUCACACCCCCAUCAACUCCCCAUCACACUUCCAUCACACUGCCCCCAUCACACUGCCCCAUCACACUGCCCCCAUCACACCGCCCCCAUCACACUGCCCCCAUCACACUGCCCCCAUCACACCCCCAUCACACUGCCCCACACUCCUUAUCACACUCCCCUUCACACUUCCCCAUCACACUGCCCCCCUAUCACACUGCCCCAUCACACUACCUCCAUCACACUACCCCAUCACACUGCCCCCUAUCACACUUCCCCCUAUCACACUGCCUCAACACACUAUCCCUGACCAUGUACACCCUAAUAUGA